GAGCAGGUGCCGGCUAGCCCUUCGCAUGCGGCUGCCGGCUCAGAGGUGGUAGCGGCGCCGGGCGCGCUCUGCCCGCCCCUCCUCCGGGCCGCACUUGGGCUCCGGCGCGCGGGGACAUGUCGGUGGUGACAGGCAGCAGCGAGGCGGCCGGUGGGGCUGGCAGUGGUGGCGCGCGGGUUUUCUUCCAGAGCCCGCGGGGCGGUGCCGACGGCAGUCCAGGCUCCAGCAGCGGAUCGGGCUCCUCCCGGGAGGAAUCGGGGCCGGUGGCCACGGCGACCGCUGCCGGGCAGGUUCAGCAGCAGCAGCAGCAGCAGCAGCAGCAGCGGCGCCACCAGCAGGGAAAAGUGACGGUGAAAUACGAUCGCAAGGAGCUUCGGAAGCGGCUGGUGCUGGAGGAGUGGAUCGUGGAGCAGCUGGGUCAGCUGUACGGCUGCGAGGAGGAAGAAAUGCCAGAUGUAGAAAUUGACAUUGAUGAUCUUCUUGAUGCAGACAGUGAGGAAGAGAGAGCUUUAAAAUUACAGGAAGCUCUUGUAGACUGCUACAAACCAACAGAGGAAUUUAUCAAAGAGCUGCUUUCUCGGAUAAGGGGCAUGAGGAAACUGAGCCCUCCGCAGAAGAAGAGUGUAUGAUUCCAGAACAGGGUGGAACUCUCCCAGACAUGAAGACAGGGUCCUGGGAUCUGGACUUCAUGAAGACUUUUGUUAAAGAAUAGUUCUUAUGAGCAACUUUUUUUUGGGUGUGUGGGGGGGAAUCUAUUAGACAUUUAUUCAAGAAUGUUCCUUUUUUUUGUUGUUUUUGAAAGGUUUUUGCCACUGUAAUAUUUUAAUAGCAAAGAUAUCAUGACUCAGUCUAUCCAAGGAUUAUCAAAGGAGGUGGACAUCCAAGGAUGGGCCGGGUCAGGCAGCACUUUCUGCAAGGACUCAGAUAUUUAGUACCCUAUGCUACUAAGGUACUAAAGGAAGAUGGUUUUCUUACAACUAGUUUGUAAUACUUUUUUCUUAAGUUGUCUAUUUGACUCAGCCAUCAAAUUUCUUGUACUUGUAUAUAUCUACACACAACUAAGUUAAAUGUAGAUGUGAGUUUUAUUUCACAAGGAUGGAA